UUGCUAUUAUUGUCACCAAAAUUGUCUCCACAACUGAUCCACAAGUGAUUGACCACUCAUUUGACGAGCUUAUAGGAGAUGUCGUCCGAGUUUAACAUCCAUAACGAUGUGAACCAAUUGAUGAAACUCUUAGAAAUUGAAGACAAUGCCAUCGAUGGUGUGUCCGCCGAGACAAUCGCAGACAAUCUCUCCAAAAGUGUGGACCAGAGAUCCAAAACUCGUGGCGCGAAAGACACGUUCUUAAGGAGUCUGGAAAUAAAAUAUAUGCUAAAACUCCAGAACAAGAUGUCUUCCUCGAGGUCCAGUCGCAGACCAGCCACAGACCAAACGGAUGCCAUCCCGCCAUCGAUUCCAAGGCACGCGUCCACCUCUUCGGCCGAUCGCCACUCCUUUCACUCGACGGCCACUCAAAGGCUGUCCGGAAGUGAGCUGAAGAGUCCACUGAAAAGUCCGGAAUUGUCGACAAAAACGAAAGAGUUGUCGACUAAGAAGAAGGACAAACGUAAGUCGUCUGACUGGAAGUUCUUGACCUUUGAUUAUCAGUUCAAUGAUUGGUCUCAAGAAGAGUCUAUUAGGCCUUUGAAUAGUCUAUCGGUUGCCGAACAGGAGAGCGCUCUCAUUGAAGACCUAUUAUUUGUUUUGAUUGGAGUCGAAGGGAAGUACAUUCGGUUGCAGCCAUUGAAAGACAAACCCAAUAAACACGACAUUAUUGUCGACAAAAGUGGUGACGAACUGCUGUACACUCUCGCCGCUCGUAUAACAGCUUUGUGUCCAUACUUUUCACAAAUCAUUCACUUCAUCGACACAAUAGACAACGGUUUAGUUAAUCAGUCACUCGUGGCAGCCAUGAGGGCACAGAUCAAAGACUUUUUUACACUAAUCAGUCAACUCGAGACUCAACACCGAAAGUCUGAUCUCACUCUUCAGAAGAUGUGGUAUUAUCUUCAGCCGAGUUUCACACACUUAGCAAUACUUAAAGACAUCGCCAGUAAAGUGUCAAAGAGCAAAUCAAUUGGUGGUGCAGUUCUCAGUAUUCUUCACGAAAAUACCAUAUCAUUGACUGGUAAUACAAAAGCGCAAGAAUUUUGUCUGUCAUUAACGAGAAAAGCGAGUGAAUCCUACUUUGAAAUACUCGAGACCUGGAUAUAUGAGGGAAUCAUUGACGACCCGUUCAAAGAGUUCUUAGUGGAGGACAAAGCCAAUGAGAGCGACGAAGUCAUUCUCGACGAUCUCUUUUGGGAGAAUCGUUAUGAAGUGAUCAGAUCGCGAAUCCCUGUGUUCUUUGAGCGCCACUCGGAUAUGAUUAUGAAAACUGGCAAAUACUUAAGUGUUAUCCGCAACUGUGGCCGACAGAUAUCACGACCGCAUACUCCCGAACCUCUCAUCUACACGACUGAGGAAAGGGUUUAUAUUGAGAACAUUGAGAGCGCCUAUAAGUUUGCCUCAAAAGAGUUACUUCAUCUUCUGGUCGAUGAAUCAGAUUUGAUCGGAAGACUGAAGUCAAUAAAACACUACUUCUUCAUGGAUUUGGGAGACUUUAUCGUACAGUUCAUGGAUUUGGCGGGCGAUGAGCUCGAGAAAGACAUCGAUGACAUUGCUCUCAAUCGACUGGACUCACUGCUAGAGCUGUCUCUUCGGACAAGUCUUAUGAAUUCAGACGCUUAUAAAGACGACGUUCGCAUUGAAUUACUGCCCGAUUCACUGCACUCACAAAUGUCGCAAAUACUUAAUAUUGGCGUCAAUUCCAUCAAAGACCCCAAAGAGCUUUCCAUACCCGAGCCCUAUGUGUUGAAGGGCUCCGAAGCGCUGGCACUCGACUUUCACGUCUCGUGGCCCCUAUCGCUCAUCAUUAGUCGCAAAAACAUAACGUGUUAUCAAAUGCUUUUCCGACAUCUCUUUUACUGUAAAUAUGUUGAGAGACAGUUAGAAGAGGUGUGGAAAGGGAACAAAAUUGCCAAACGAUUCACACUGAAUGCGGUCACAGGCUAUGGACAGGCAUUCGCUUUGCGCCAAAAAAUGUUGAAUUUUGUACAAAAUCUGGAGUAUUAUAUAAUGCUUGAAGUGAUUGAACCGACAUUUCACCAGUUCUUGGAAUACGUUCAGACGAAGGUCUCGAGUGUCGACGAUAUGAUGAGAUCUCACGAGGACUACAUCCAGAAGUGUUUGCGCGACGCUAUGCUUACGUCUGGAGAACUGUUGAGAGCUAUCGUUCAGUUACUCAGACUUUGUAUCGUUUUCUCCAAUUUUAUGAAAGACUCUCACAGCCAUUCCGCUCAAUACGAGCUCUUGGAUUCAACCCAAGUGUUUGAGUGCCAUAACAAAGACAUUUCGGUCAGCAUUAAGGAGACUAAGGAACUGGAGAUCAGUUUCGAAGACAACAUCCAUUCUAUGCAAACAGACUUUGAUUCGCUUUUACACGAACUCCUGGAAGCGAUUAAACUCCAGACACAAGAGUCAUAUACAAUGAUUCCAGUCUUGAAUCGUCUUGACUUCAAUGGCUUUUAUCAAUCAAUGGAAUCAAGUAAUGACUACUAAUCACAACAUAUCUGCCAUAAGUUCAUCAGAUUAUCACUUAAUUAUCACAUUUUCGUCAACUAUUGAAGCAAUAGAUCUGAAGCG